GGCUAUAAUAUAACUAUACAAGGGCAUACAAUAGUUCUUUGAGGCAUUUCAUCAAACACUACUUGUGCGUCUAACAGCUAUGCUUCAAUACUCACGGCUUUGUCGGCUUAUUCAUGAUUCCCUCCAUCCGUUGACAGUGAAAUCAUCGGUGUUGAUGACCAACGAAGAAGAGAAACUGCUCUUAAUUACCUUAUCUCAGAUUUUGAACAGGAUAAAGGUUUGGACUGCGGAAUUCGACUCCGGUUCAGAUAAUGGUGAUCAUGUGAUGGAUGAUUUAAAGUGCCAUUCUUCAGCUUCCUGUUGUAUACCCAAGAUCACAAAUGAAUUGGUGUUUUUGCUGUGUCUAGAGAGUCAAUAUGGUCAACAUUUAGCUGCAAAUGUGCUUGUAUCUAUAUCUGAGUUUGUGGCGGCAUCUGGGAGUUAUUGGGAAGAAUUCAUGCAAUCGUUAUGUUUUUACUUCGAGCGUAUGAUAUAUAAAGUUAUUUUGCCUUCUUCGGACCCACCGAUUAGAGCUAAACAUCUGGAGUUAUUGGAUUUGCAGCGCGUAUUGGAUAAUGCUAGAUGGCAGUCCGUAGGUGCUAUCGUUUUAGUGUUACGCAAUAUUCUGAAACAAGAAGAUGAUGCUAAAAUCUUGGAAAUUUACUUUCAAGUUCUUGGUUCUUGUCUUGAAGUUAUACCGUGGGACGCCGCGUGUAACAUCAUUUUAGCUGAUGAUAUUAACGCCCCGCGGUCAUCAUGGUUUGAGUUUUGUGGAAAUCUUCUUCAGUUGGUCUGUUCAUUGGCUGAUUGCGAAGAAAAAAAUCCAGCCGUUCGUGCAAUCUUCAACAUCUUUCCAAAUAUUUUAACAUGGUGUUUCGGAAUGCCAGCGGAAAAUCAUAAUUAUUCUUGCAGCCAAUCUCAGUACACUCGACACAAGAUUUUGGUACUAAUGAUCAGGCUGAGUUCUCUAAUCAGUCUAGACUGUGCUACCGUGGUUUCAUGGUUACAUCUUAUUGAAAAAUACUUCCACGACCUGUUAUCCGAAUCUGUAUCUGAACUGGAGGCCGAUCAAGAUGAUUGCCUCAGAGAUUCUCCAUUUAGCGGAACUUCUUCUCAUCGGCAUUUACAAAGACGCGUUAUUUUUCUUUAUGUAAAGUGUGCUUUUAGUUUGAUUGGAUUAAAAGAACAUUGUAAGAAGCAAUGUUCAUCAUGUGGGAAUAUGAAAUCUUGUUCGAAAAGGGGAUUUACAGCGCUUUAUGAAUGGCUCAAAAAGCAUCUUCCUGCAAAUAUUCAUCAUAACCGUGAUGAUUGCUGCAAAAGGUUCACGAAAUCUUUCAUCCAGCUUUAUAUGCAUGAAGAUGAUAUGCUAUUUCAAAUCCUCUUGCAGCUGACAUACGUCCCGUUUGAAUACGCACAACCGAUUACCGAAGAUUGGAUAUCCGAGGUGGUUGAGAAAGAUAUACUUUUCCUAUUAUCUGAUAUCUUCGAUCCUGUGCGCUUAUUUCAUCUAUUUCUAUCAGAGCUACAUUAUGAUCAUCAGGUGCUUCUUGAUUACCUUAUUUCAAAAGACAUUGGAGCCAGCUGUGCUGAAUAUCUUUUAAGGUGUUUGCGAAUUAUAUGUGAUAAAUGGAACUCGUUUUUGGAGUUUCCAUUUCGGGCAGAAGGUGAAAGACAACCAUUUCCCAAACGAAGAAAAUUUGAGGAUGAGAAAGCUUGUGAACACGCGUUUAAUAAAGCGGGCGAAUGCUUGCUUCUGCUGAAGAAAUCUGUAGAGAGUUUACACCAGAAAGAUUUGUUUCCGUAUAAUCCACAAGUGCUUUUGCGACGUUUGACAAGGUUUCAGGAACUUUGCUUAAAAAGGGUGUAAGAGAAAGGUGAUCCAGCAUUAGUCUUGCUGUUUGUUCGGUUUACAGAUGGUUAAAAACGUAAAUAGCAUUGAUGCGAUUGGAAUAUUGGCGGGUCGACUAAAGUUUUGUUUUUAGAUUAAUAUUCUUUUCAUUGUAUUUUGUGCAAACCCCCUGUGAACACAUAAGCGUUUUUUUUUUUUU